AAUGUGACAUGACAAGUGACGGUCAUUCGAUUUUUGAAUCGAUGUAUUUUGACGUGUUGCAGGAAGGAAAUUUUAGAAUUUGAUGCUGUGUUAUAACAUUUAGAAUUUUAUUUAUUGUUGUUUAAUACUCAGAAACAGCUCCAAACAUGGCCUUAUCAACAUUACUUCGUGCGCCAGCCAUCAGAAGCACCAUAUUCACACAGCAAAUAAUGAAGCUGGCAACACAGCCGAACAUGAAACGACCUGUGGUCAGCAUGCUGCCUGCCAGCACGCUGGCUCUCAAGGAGAUUAACAGCACGCCUAUCAUCAAUUCUGUGCGUUCCUUCCGUACGUCACCCGUACGUCUUUCCGACGAGAAGCCUCACGAUCACUCGAAACUGUGGGUGAUUGAGAAAGCUGUCGCCGCCCUUAUGAUUCCUUUGCUACCGAUGGGCCUGCUUGUACCCAACCGGAUUCUGGACUCUGUGAUCGCUAUCCUGAUCUGCGCUCAUUCGUUUUGGGGUUUGGAAGCGAUCGCAAUAGAUUACGUCCGAGCUAGUGUUGUAGGCCCAAUCCUUCCCAAAAUUGCCCUCGGGCUCGUGUACCUCAUCUCCAUUGCUACCCUCGGUGGCCUAUUCUACAUCAUCAGCCACGACGUCGGCAUUGCCAACAUGAUCAAGCAAAUCUGGGCUAUCAAAUCUGACCGCCAAAAGUAAAUUCGCCUAGGGAGACAUUUAUCGAUAAAAUUACUACGCUAGAAUUAGUUUUAGUAAUAGACCUGAGUAUUAUUUUUGCGGGGAUCUCCGUUUUUGCAUUCUUUGUACCACUAUAACUCGGAGAAAUCCCGCGCUUUUAUUUAUUUUCUCGGCAAUGUUAUUAAAGAGCUGUCAGCUAGUCUGCAGUUAGGAAUCAGCAUAAAUCUGCAAACUGAUAUUACUGAUCAUUCAUUUGAUUAUAAAAUGCGUAUUUGAAAGUAGACAAAUGAAUGGCUGGAACUAAUUUUGAAUUUGCAUAAUUCCUAAUUGUAGGCUAGUUUGCGAAAAUGUACACAUUGGUACUUAAUGCACAAGAUUUCGAAAUUUUGUUGUAUUUAACAAUGUAUUUUUUAUUGUUACCGUCAAAUCAUUUGUUCUGAUAAAUUUGUAUUUUUACGCACCCUCGGGUGGGAUUAAUUUAUUGUUAGAAUAAAUGAUAGUUGGAAUUGUUA